UAACCUCCGUUGUGAUCUUAACCUUCAACCAUGGAACUCGAAGCAUUCAAAACCCGUCUUUUUGUUUCCAUUCUCUUCGUUUGCUUGGUUUCGAUUCGUGCAAACACUCUCCAAACUUACAUUGUUCAGCUCAACCCUCAAGGUGUGACCAGCUCCUCUUUUGCUUCUAAGCCGAGGUGGCAUCUCUCAUUUCUUGAACAAACAAUGUCUUCCGAAGAAGACGCUUCUUUGCGGCUUCUCUACUCUUACCAUUCUGCCAUGGAAGGAUUCGCUGCUCAGCUAUCUGAGUUGGAGCUUGAGUCCUUGAAAUUGCUGCCGGAUGUCAUUGCAAUUAGGCCUGACCAUCGGCUCCAAAUCCACACCACUUAUUCUUACAAAUUCUUGGGACUUGGCGCUUCAAGUGAAGGUGCUUGGUACAAAUCUGCGUUUGGCAGAGGCACGAUCAUUGGGGUGCUUGAUACUGGAGUUUGGCCUGAGAGUCCAAGCUUCGAUGAUCGUGGAAUGCCAGCAGUUCCCAAGAAAUGGAGAGGAAUUUGUCAAGAAGGGCAGAACUUCAAUACUUCAAAUUGCAACCGAAAACUCAUUGGCGCCAGGUUCUUCACUGAAGGCCAUCGCGUAGCUUCAUACACACCAGAUGGAGGUCGUGAGUAUGUGUCACCACGUGAUUCUCACGGGCAUGGAACUCACACAUCAUCAACAGCAGGGGGCGCUACUGUCCCAAUGGCAAGUGUUUUCGGCAAUGCAGAUGGUGUGGCUCGCGGAAUGGCCCCGGGAGCGCAUAUAGCGGUGUACAAAGUCUGCUGGCUCAACGGAUGUUAUAGCUCUGAUAUCCUAGCUGCAAUGGAUGUUGCAAUUAAAGAUGGAGUAGACAUUCUCUCCCUCUCUUUAGGUGGGUUCCCCAUUCCACUUUACGACGACAGCAUUGCAAUUGGAAGUUUUCGAGCAGUGGAGCAUGGAAUUUCAGUUGUGUGUGCAGCAGGCAACAAUGGUCCAAUCCAAAGUUCAGUUGCCAAUGAAGCUCCUUGGAUCACUACCGUUGGUGCAAGCACAAUAGACCGAACAUUUCCAGCCAUAGUUCAAAUGGGGAACGGAAAGUACCUCUAUGGAGAAUCUUUGUACCAGGGAAACCAUCUUAAGAGAGCAGGGAAAGAGCUUGAACUGGUUUAUGUGACAAGUGAGAAUAGUGGAAGUGAAUAUUGCUUCAAAGGGUCACUUCCACGAGCAAAAGUCCGUGGAAAAAUUGUGGUUUGUGACCGAGGUGUCAAUGGAAGGGCGGAGAAAGGCGAAGUGGUGAAGAAAGCUGGGGGUGCUGCAAUGAUUUUGGCAAACACAGCGAUAAACCUAGAGGAAAACUCCGCCGAUGUCCAUGUCUUGCCUGCAACUCUCAUUGGCUUCAAAGAAUCAGUUCACUUGAUGGCUUACAUAAACUCUACUAGGAGACCGACAGCUAGAAUUGUAUUCGGAGGUACAGUUAUAGGAAAAUCCAGAGCACCAGCAGUAGCUCAAUUCUCCGCUAGAGGACCGAGCUAUUCAAACCCUACAAUCCUCAAACCGGAUGUGAUUGCUCCCGGGGUCAACAUCAUUGCUGCUUGGCCUCAAAACUUAGGCCCCACCGGCCUUCCAGAAGAUUCUAGAAGAGUGAAUUUUACUAUCAUGUCGGGGACAUCAAUGGCCUGUCCUCAUGCCAGUGGAAUUGCUGCUCUUAUACGCUCAGCUCAUCCCAAAUGGAGCCCUGCAGCCAUUAAAUCUGCCGUUAUGACAACUGCUGAGGUAACUGACCAUUCAGGAAAACCGAUACUGGAUGGAGACAAACCAGCUGGAGUUUUUGCAAUUGGUGCUGGACAUAUCAACCCCGAAAGAGCCAUUGAUCCCGGGUUGAUUUAUGACAUCAGGCCGCAGGAUUAUGUCACGCAUUUAUGCACUCUUGGAUACACAAAAUCAGAAAUUCUUACUAUCACUCACCAGAACGUUAGCUGCCGUGAACUUUUGAAGAUGAACAGGGGUUUCAGCCUCAAUUACCCCUCCAUUUCAGUAAUUUUCAAACAUGGUACGAGAAGCAAAAUGAUCAGAAGGCGAGUAACAAACGUCGGGAGUCCUAAUUCCAUUUACAAGCUGGAAGUACUGGCACCGAAGGAAGUAAAAGUGAGAGUUAAACCUCAAAUGCUAAGGUUCACAGACAUCAAUCAGAGUUUGAGUUACAGGGUAUGGUUUAUAUCAAGGAAGAGAACAGAAAAAGGGAGGAUGAGCUUUGCACAAGGGCAGCUGACAUGGGUGAAUUCUAACAAUGGCUUGAACCGGGUUAAAAGCCCCUUCUCGGUGACUUGGAAGUAAAAGGGCUCAUAACACUCAUGACACGAGAGUGAUCGUGGUAGUUCUACUCUAGAAAUCAAAAAUCCAUUGCUAUUGACUCAUUGGAUUCACAUUUAUGACGAUUCAAGGGUGAAUACCUUAUCCUAGCUUUUCGGGGGAGAAAAUUUGAGAUGUAAACUGUGUUUUUAUCAUCUGAUAAAAGGCAGAUGCUUUUAUUGUAUUAACUACUAGUCUUUUAUGCUGUUGGAAAUCUUUCGACUUAUAACUCGUUCUACUUAAAAUGUUUCUGCAGUGAUAAAGAUUCAUGUUACCGUCCUACUGAAAUGAAUUUACAUAUAAAUCUCAGUAUCUUGUAU